AUGAAGACUUGGUGUCGUGUCACCUUGUCUUUUGUUCUUUUUUCUGCGCUUUUCGUUGACACUUGCUGUUCUGCUGUCUUUUCUCAAGAAACAGCGCCGAGGCUGAAAAGAACCUACAAUGAAGAAACCAAGGGUUUUGGAAAAGCUGCUUUAAAAGAUCGCGAGGAGAAUGACAAUUGGGUCGGGGAAUAUAAUGAAAACGAUGUAGAUGACCAUGGUUGGGCUAACGACGACGAUGCAGCAAAUAAAGAUGAAAACGAUGAAAAUCGAAGUGACAUAGAAAACGAAGAAGGAGGAAAAUAUGAAGAUGAAAAACAAGAUACAAUUGAGGAGAAGGAUGAAUACGAAGUCGAGGGCGAAGAACUGAGUGAUUUGGUAGAGGACUACUACGACGAUGACGAUGCUGAUGAUUAUGAUGAUGAUGAUGAUGCUGAUGAUUUGUCUGAUAAAUCAGAUCUUGCUGAAUGGGAUGAAGAUAAUGAUGAAGAAGGUAGGUUUUUUUCUUUCUUUUCUUUUAAUCGGGUUUAUUAUAAAGGUCAGGAAAAUUACGUUGAUAAGUUAAGUGCCUGGUUCGUUUCGCCCCUUUUCUUUAUGGUUAACGAACCUUAGAUGGACCUUCUCGAUUUAAAAUACGGGAUAUAAGCGCAAAAAAAACACACUUUCAUCUUUUAAUUUCUUCUUCUUCUUAUUGUUAUUAUUACCAUUUUCAUUUUCCAAGAUUAAGGCAAGGUGCAUGAUUUGUUGGCUCUUCUUAAUUUGCCUUCCCUUGAGGUGUAAACCGUAAGAGCAUUUGGAUUCCAGCUGAAAAUAAACAGCAUCUAUUUUUAACUAAAUGGGAUAUUGUAUAUUUCAAACAGUAGGAAUGAAGAUAUAUCGCAUGCGAGACCCUGAUCGAGGUAGUGGACGCGUAUCUCAACGAGCACGUCGACGAGGUGGGCGAGGUAGAAAAGAGGAUAAAGGCGGGUACCCAGGCGACGCAGGCCACGUAGGAUACGGAGACCACGCAGACGACGUAGAAUAAGAUCACCCCGACGACGUAGAAUAAGAUUACCCCGACGACGUAGAAUAAGAUUACCCCGACGACGUAGAAGACCACCCCGACGACGUAGAAUAAGACCACCCCGACGACGUAGACGACGAAAGCGACGAGGGGUGAAGUAGACGACGAAGACCACCACGAUCACGGAAAACCACUCCAAGACCUACCACACUGUCUACUCCAAGUGCACCCGUACCAGGUUGGAAUGGACCUAA